CUUGCCUUGUCUUCCUAUCCAUUGCGCAUGUCCAAAGUUAACAAUGAAAAUGGCUGCUAUGGGUUUCAUACCUUGCGACGGCGAGAGAAAACAAGCGGGAGAGGAUGCAGAGAGCUCAGAGAGGAGUGGCAAUGAAGAGGAAAAUGAGGACCUGUCAUGUGAAGAGGAGGAAGAAGGAAGUGCCGGGAAAGUCGAAGCUGGUUCGUUGAAGCUCCGCGUUGCCGUGAGCUCGGCCCAGACCAAGAAGAAGAAACACAAGCACCGCAGCAAACACAAGCGACAGAAGCACGUCUCCCCAGAGGUCAAGGAGCGGCGCCACGGGCACCGGCACAAGCACAAGAGGCACAAGCGUAAAGACAACCCCUCAACCGAUGUCUUCUCAAACUGUGGCGAUGACGUUGCUUCCUUGUACUCCUCCUCUUCCAAGCACCCAAGACUGGAAGAUGAAGAGAUGGCACUUCUGGAGGAGCUGGAGAAACAGAGGGUCCUGAUCCAAGCCGAGCUAGACGGUGAACUGACUGAUGGGGGCAGGGGGGUACAGUCGGACAUGGGGCUCAUACUCCAGGGCUUCCACUCUGAAGAGGAGGAGGAUGGGGAGCUUCAGGUGGAGAGGGAGCACAAUGGGCAGCACUGGUGUAUAGGGGCAACAGGUCCCGGGUCCGGCUCAGGCUCACAGACCGCUAAGGACACCUGUAGAGGACGGCGAGAGUCGACAGAUGCCGGAAAAGCUAAGCAGAGCAAUCCCAAUAAAAAUGCCAGGAAGAGCAGGACAGACGGGAAGACCAAGGAUCGGAUGAGAGGACGGAGCACGUCCAGGGAUAGAGACGGCAGAAGACAUUCCAGGAGUUCAGUGUGCUUUAGGUCUCCUCCUGGCACCAGCAAGCAGCCUUCCCCACCGGCUCAGAGCAGAGGAGCCCAAAACCAGGAGCCCAGCGGCAGCAACCACAAGUCACCCGAGCACUACAAGGCCAGGUGGCCAGAUAAGGAAGGGGACAAGGACAAGAAGGCGACCAAGUCCCCCGCCAAGGACGCUUCCUCUGGGAAGGAGAACCGCUCUCCAGGCCUGCGAGGGAGGCCGCCAGGCCCCGCCCUCCAUCUGCAGCGCAGCAUGUCCCCAUCACAAUGUCAGAACUCCCUGGAUUCAUCCUCAGGCCCCCAGGCAGCUGAGCGAAGGGCCAUGUCACCGUCACCACCCAGAGGGGGUCACCCACGCUCCCCGGAGAGUCGAAGGAGAGUGAUUGACCGACAGAGACUUCCACCUGGCAGGAUGUGGAGCCAGGAAGAGGUAGGGGUCCGUAGGGACACUAGCCCGGCCCUAGAUGUCCGGCGCCGGUUCAGCCGCUCACCUUUCAGGCGGAGAUCGCGCUCUCCCAGGAGAUGCAGCAGGUCACCAUUCAGGAGGAGGUCGUUGGAUCGGUUGGGACGGAGGCUGCGGUGGCGUUCCAGAUCCCAGGAGAGGAGAUGGAGCCGGGAUAGAGAGGACAAGUUCAAAGGCAGCCUCUCGGAGGGAAUGAGGGUCGACAAGGAGGACUCUGAAGAUGAAGUGCUGGAAGAUUACGAUGUGGAUGAGGAGGACGAGGAGGCUCUCAUUGAACAGAGGAGGCUACAGCGCCUGGCCAUCGUCCAGAAGUACAAGGGAGGGAACGAGGGUAGUAACAUGUCGGCACCAUCGGAGCCCGGCAGCCCCCAGAGCAGCCCACGCAGCCGCUCGCCGUCGCCAGACGACAUCUUGGAGCGCGUGGCGGCCGAUGUCAAAGAGUAUGAGCGGGAAAACGUGGACACCUUCGAAGAAAACAUCAAGGCAAAGCACAACCUCAUCGAACAGGAAAAAGACGAAGGAACCAACCAGAAAAAAACAUCCGCCCCUGAUAUGUUCACUGAAUCUGAUGACAUGUUCGCCGCCUACGAUAGUGAAAGGCUUCGAGCAGCAGGCAUUGGGAAGGACUUUAAGGAGAACCCCAACCUCCGAGACAACUGGACAGACGCAGAGGGAUACUACCGACUAAAUAUCGGGGAGAUACUGGACAAGCGGUACAGCGUGUACGGCUACACGGGCCAGGGGGUGUUCAGCAACGUCAUCCGCGCCCGAGACGUGGCCCGCGCCAGCCAUGAGGUGGCCAUCAAGAUCAUUCGGAACAACGAGCUCAUGCAGAAGACUGGGCUGAAGGAGCUGGAGUUCCUUAAGAAGCUCAACAAUGCUGACCUGGACGACAAGUUCCACUGUCUGCGGCUCUUCCGACACUUCUACCACAAGCAGCACCUCUGUCUGGUCUUUGAGCCUCUCAGUAUGAACCUGCGCGAGGUACUGAAGAAGUAUGGCAAAGACGUGGGCCUCCACAUCAAGGCGGUGCGCUCUUACAGCCAGCAGCUCUUUCUGGCCCUGAAGCUGCUGAAACGCUGCAACAUCCUGCACGCCGAUAUCAAACCUGACAACAUCCUGGUCAACGAGUCGAAAACCAUCCUCAAGCUCUGUGACUUUGGUUCAGCAUCGCACGUGGCAGAGAAUGACAUCACGCCCUACUUGGUCAGCCGGUUCUACAGGGCGCCGGAGAUUAUCAUCGGGAAGCCUUACGACUAUGGGAUCGACAUGUGGUCAGUUGGCUGCACUCUGUAUGAGCUGUACACGGGCAAGAUACUUUUCCCAGGGAAAACCAACAACCACAUGAUUAAGCUCGCCAUGGACAUCAAGGGCAAGAUGCCCAACAAGAUGAUCAGGAAAGGCGUGUUCAAGGACCAGCACUUUGACCAGAACCUCAACUUCCUGUACACAGAAGUAGACAAAGUCACUGAAAGGGAGAAGGUGACAGUGAUGAGCACCAUCAACCCCACCAAGGAGCUGCUGGCUGACAUGGUGGGCUGCCAGCGUCUCCCUGAAGACCAGCGCAAGAAGGUUGCCCAGCUCAAGGACCUGCUGGACCUGACCCUUAUGCUGGACCCGACCAAGAGGAUCAGCAUCAACCAGGCCCUGCAGCACCCCUACAUCCAGGAGAAGAUCUUCUGAGCAUCUCUUACUGUACCACUCACAGUCAUGCAUUGAUUGAUUGACACAUCCAGAAGCUAGUACUGAGUCCCUAGUUUGACUAUGGUUGGACCCCACCCCAGCCCAAGAAAUGUAUUUAUUUGAGCUGGCAGACUCUGCUGACUCUGCCUGUUUGAACAACACACACAUGCUCUCCCGUUUUACAUUGAUCUAAGGACUUGUAUUAUAUAACCAUAGUAGGGGUGUGAACGUUUGUAUGUUUAAACGAAAUUGAAUCCUUAACGUUUAGGGAAAAAAUGAAACUGUUUUUUUAUUCUCUACAAAAUUUAAAUCCCAGUGCAGUUAUCACAAAACUACCACUAACAGGUCCUGAUCAUCAUAAAGGGAAUAGGCCUACCUAACACAACAAUGCUGUAACGUUAGUAAGAGGGGAUAUGCAUCCGCACGUCAUCGUCGUUAACAGUUUGAAAAAAAGUGCUUAUUACAGUUGGUAUGCAUCUGUUUUCAAUGGACUAUUUGAGUUGUGAGGUCAUUUGUUAAAUGAAGAACUGCAAACGCCAUUUGAGCCUCGACUCACGCUACUGAAACGGGUGCGUCUUUCUCAUAAAUUUCACAGUUUACUCCCAUUUCAACAGGGUGUUAUUCCUUUUAUAAUGGUAGUUGAGACAUAUAGUUAACAGCAUUAGAAAGCUAAAAUUAUUCCCUUUUUAACCAACCUGUAUUUAGUGGGAUUUCUUUUGCCCUGUGUUUUAUUUGUGAGCUUAAACUUGGUGGCAGGCUUUUGUUAAUCAUGAAAUAAAGUAGGCCCCUAGACUAUUGAAUACACAAUUUGCCUUCAACAAAAUAAUGUUUUUGUUUCAUAUUUUAUUAUGGAACCUGCCUAGGUUUAGGGGGGGGUUGUAACCUAUUCUAAAUGGAACACUAUAGCAGUUCACAAAAAAGCCUAAAAUAGCACUGCAGUUAUUCCAAAUCUGCAGCGCGUGGCUGGAACACAUUUCCCUACGUUAAUCAACCAGUCCAUUUUGAAUUUGUGAUAAAGCUGUCGUGAUUCGGGAAGGAAUGUAGUUUGUCUACAGUUUUGUUUGUGUAUCCCAACAGUUCGAUACAUUUUUAUAGGCAUUAAUAAAAUGAAAUUGUGAAAAUAAUGAUAAUGCCCUUUUAGUGUAAGAGCUGUUUGAGAAGACAGCCUGAAAUUUCAACCUGUUUUGGUGAGAUGAAGUUUUGGCCUGCCUGGUGACAUCACUGGAAAUUAGUUAAGACCAAUAAGAAAGAGUUCCAAACCUCUCUUUCAAUAACGGUUCAUUUUCAGUUUUCCCUUCCCCACUAAGAGCACUCCUAGCAAAAGCUAUUUUUGUUUCUUUUUGACCAUUUUAAUUGAAAACAUUCACGGUAAGGUACUUAAUUGAUUUUGAAAUGAUUUGAUAUUGUGAUAAAAAUGGCUGUAUUAGACCUUUAAGGCCUAAUGGGAGCUUGGGUGCGCAGCAUGCAUGUGUGUAGAGGGAGCGGUCGAAUCGUAAUUUCACCUGCAGAAGCCUAUUCCAGAUGCCACCAACUGUAAGCCCACGGUAGAACUUCAUUUCCCCCUAGCGGUCAUACCAUGCAAUAUGAUUUGACAUGGAAUUUUGUUAAAUGUUCUUAUCGUUUUAACGGGGGGGGAAACUCUUUUUUUUUUUUAUGUCAGUUUGAACGUUAAGAAAUAUUUUCCAUUUGUCACAUCCCUAAACCAUAGUAGGGCUCCAAGCAGAAUGCCUGCUUUACAACAUAUUUUCCAUCUCCGCCUACCUGCAAGUCAGAUAAAAAGAUUAUAAUGACGCAUAACUAUCUCAUGGACAGUAAGGCACUCAUAAAGAGUUUGAGAUUCAUCCACUUGGAUUUUCAGUUUUUGAUUGGCCCCUUGCAGGUGACUGAAGGUGGAUGAUAUUGUAGCUGUAAAAACAUAAUUCUGAUUGUUGGGGUUUACUGAGUUGCCAAGGCUGUGACGAGCAGGGAGGGGGUCCAGAUAAUGAUCACAGUUAUUUAACUUGGGCUUUGUUUGAUUGGUCGCAACCCAAUUGUUCGUAACCCAAUGCCCUAAACCUUUUGAAUGGGAUGUUUGUACAGUCUGUAGAAGGUGAAGUCUUGCAGACUUGGCAGCUCCUUUGACUUACUAUUAUUCUAUGCGGUUAUUACCUGUCAUGCCCUGUGUUGUGUUGUGUUGUGGUGCAGGGCCAGUGUAAAUGCUAUUUAUAUCUACGUCUCCCCCAGGUAUUGAAAACCCAGAGUGCUCCCCCACCCACCCCGUCCCCCACCCUGGUGUCUGUGCAGGCCCUGGUCCGCAUGCCCGUUCUGCCGCUGCCUGUAGGUCUGUCAGUGCUGAAAACCCAAACGGUUGGGGUCCUUGGGUCCUACUUGAGCCCACCUGCAGGGAUGGCCCCUCAUGUUUAAAGCAGAUUGUAUACCACUUUCAGUACAUUGAAGGUAAGCUAUCCCCCCUCUUCCAAAAAACAAAACCCAUCAACUUCACCUGGUUAUUACCUCGUAUGUUUCUUUAUUUUGUAUAUUAUAUAUUAUAUAUUGUACACAUUGUUUUAGCCAGAUGCCCCCAUAGGCAUGGUUUACAUGUUGUUUAAAAAUAUGUCAAAGACAAACUGGAUAAAAGUUAACUUAAUCAAGUCACGCACCCAAAUUGUGGAGAGGAAGUUGGGUCUGGUAUGGGGGGGCUGCAUCCAACAAGCUAUGAUGGACAAGAGCACCUUCAGUGUACUUAUCUUAAUGGAACAGCUCAGAAUUUCUUGCUCUCCUGUAACGAAUACCUUUUUGUUUUUCAUGUGUUCCCUUGAUACAAUGUUAGAAACUGCAUGUGAGGAUAGCAGUCUUGCUAUGUAUUCAAACUCAUGUGUUGCAAUUAUUUUAGGCAUGUUCCUCUAAAAAAGAAGGAUAUUUAAGUGUUUUGUUUCCCUCUAUCAUUGGUUUUCAUGUUUUGUAUGACCAUGUUGUCUUUUGAUACAGGGAUAUGUCUUCUCUGAGCUUUGAGUCUGCUUGUUAUGAGCGGUAAUUGCCUCUACUUUAUUUUGUGUUAUAUAUUUUAAUGUUCUUAUAGGAGCAAAACAGAAAUAAAAGAGCCCACACAUGUGUAGCUGAUGGAGAAUUUAUGCCUUUUCCACAAAUGUCUUCCCUACAUACACAUGCCAAUGUUCAGGCCCCUUUAAGUGUCUAAUAAUUAACAGAAAUUCUCUAUUUUUAAAACUAAUCCACAAACCUUAACUAGAAAACUUUCGUUUUCAUCAGCUUUUUGUGCAGUUUUUAGGCUGGAAUCCCAACUUGAUUUGUGCGCAUAACUUGACGAACACAGAUCUCAAGUUAGGAUUUGGCACUUGUAUGCUAAAUUUAGUUUCAAACCAAAUAAGCAAAAGACAGCUUUUUUUUUUACUAACACUAACUGAUGUUUGAUGUUUUUCCCAACAAUGAUGUUUCCUGUGGUGGCUGAGAGCGAGACAGAGCCCAGCACCUUCUCCAGCCUGGGCUCCACUUUCAGAGAGACAAGACCUCCACAAAGCCACUUAUCAAGGUCAUUUUUGAUGGCAUGGGUAGAUACAAAAAGCAAACAACACUGGGGUGAUAGAAAAGACAAGAUGGGGAAUCACUUUCACUUACUAUUUUAUUAAAUGCAUUUAUAAUAGACAGUCAUAAAAAAAAGUUUGUUUCCAUACGUUUUCUCUCACAAUACUUUUAUGGCCUCCUUCCUUUUCUCCACAUGACAUCUACUCUUUCUGGUUAAAAAUAGAAUUCCAAGCUGCUCAUAUACCUGACUGUGGAUCUUUGGUUAAUCAUAUGGCUCUAAACUAGUUCCAGAUUGCUACAAGCAAGGCUUCAGGUAUCUUGUCUUUUAACUGUGUUAAAGUUAAACCAAGAUACUUUUCAUUUGUUCUCUAUAUAUUCUAGGUGCUGCCACUUUAGAGAAGAAACUCACAAGGAACCUCAUCUGGACAAAGGUUUCUGUUCUGGAGAUAGUUACUGUAUUUGUAAAGGUGGAGUCGUCAAUAUGACAAUCAUACAAAACGGGGCAAAUUACUGCAUACAUAAAUCAACAACAGUAUUCAAAUCUUCUGAGAUUGCUACUUGAGGCUUUUCCCAAUCUGGGCUAGGCUCAAGGGAGGGUGCAGAUUGGGAAGAGCCAAUUCGUUUUGGCAUAUUUCUUAUUCUGUUUUCUUUAAGCAGAAAGAAGCCCUGCUGUGUAUGAUGUAAUUUUGAUAAGUCAACCUUUUAUAGUCAUGAUGUCAUGAUCUGAUUUGCUGUUCUUUUUCAAACAUGUUAGCAGAAACUACUGUAAUUACCAUAAUGAGCCAGUAUUGGACACAUUGGGUGAUAUUUUGGACCCAUUAUAGACAUUUGUUUGUUCAUGAACUCAAUGCUUUGCUUAUGGAUUCUGAGCAAAGCCAAAUAGAUGGCAAUCGUAUUAGGUCAUUUCGAUUGAACAUAUGUUACAAUUUGGCUAAAUCUAUGCCAAAGUGACCAUCAACAAUAAGGUAAUACCUUUUCUUGUUAUUGAUAAAUAUGGCCAGAUUCAUAUCACUGUGUUAAAGUUGCAAUUUUGUGUUUAUUUUUCAGGGUAAGUCAGAACUUAUUUUCCCUGUCUUGGUUUCAUCCGUCUCCUUUUUCUGCUUUGGUGCCCAUGUAAGACUCAAGGCCAGAGAGAUGUUCAACAAUGGGCCCUGUGGAUAUUUCUCAGAAACAUUUUAAAACAGAAAUGUAUUAAAACAUAUGUAACACUUUUGUCCAUGUACUUAACUUUAUUCGUGUAAUCCAACCCAAAUAAUUGGACACCACUUUUCCAAUAUAUGAUACAACAUUAUGUAUAUUUUGUCUGCUGUUGAGAACAUAACUUGUAUUCAUUUUCACGUGUGUUUUAAUAUAAUAAACAUGUCUGUGAAAAAUA